CAAGCACCGCGGACGUCGGGGCGGUGCGGGCGCCUUCGCUGCCCGGCGCGGCACACGGUUUGCCGGGCCUGGGCCCCGGCCCCGGCCGGGCCCCGCGGCCCGCCCGGCGCUGGCCCGGGCCCGGCGCGCCGCCUGGGGGCGGGCGCCGCCGCCGCCGCGGCCGCCGCCGCCGCCGCUGCCGCCGCCGCCGGCGCCGCGGGCGGGCGCCGCCACGGGGUGGACCACUCGUUCGCCGCCGCGCUGCGCAAGCUGGCCAAGCAGGCGGUCCCCGGCGCCGAUCGAGAAGUGGAAGCUGAUCCUCCUCCAUCACGCUCUCCUAAAACUCGGGGACCACCCCCUCUUGUUCAAGGGACAUCUCCAACUGCAGGUUGUGCUCAAGACUCAAGGAAGGACCGUGGAAGUUUGAGCCAUGAUCAGCAUGGAUCUUCCCGCAAUUCAUCUCGUGCUGAUGACACUCCGCUCUAUGGUAGCCAUGCCAAUCGAACAGGUAGUGGUGCCAACGUGGUGAGUGCAGCUGAACUACCAGCCUCCCAGCUGCAGCCACGUAGUGGCUUUCAGCCUUAUCGGCCUGAGGAAACUCGUCUUGGGCACCCUCCACCUCCAGCCCCAGGCCCUCCACCACCUCCGUUUGCUCUGGACCCAGCCACUGCAGCAGCAGCUUACAGCCAGUACCAUGGCCUGUACCCUGCCACUCAUCUCCAGCACCCUUAUGGGCUUGAAGGCUUGUGUAUGGAACGAUGUGGUAUGUUACGGCCACCGCUCUUUCCUCCUCUUCCUCCAUCGUAUCACCAUUUGUAUGGUUUACCACGAUAUUCUCCGGAAAUGCUGCCCACUCAUUUUGGACUUAUACCACCAAUGCAUGAAAGGCUGAAGUUGGAAGAAGAGCAUAGACAACGAGAGACUCAGCGAUUGAGAGAAGAAGAAAAGGAACGAGAGCGAGAACGUGAACGUGAACGGGAGCGCGAACGUGAGCGUGAAAGAGAGCGCGAACGAGAACGUGAGAGGGAGCAGGAACGUGAAAGGGAGAAGGAGCGCCGUGACAAGUCCCGGCGCAGCCCUCGUGCCUCCCCCUCCCACCACGAGUCUCCAGCUAGGAAGGCACCCAUAACGGGAGUACGGGAUAGGACUGCAGACUCCAGCAGAAAGGAUGUGGAUUCUUCCCACAGUUCUUCCCGAGCCCCACAUCCUCCUCCUUUGAUUGCUCCUGGAUCUAUUCCUAACCCUACGACUGUUACUCUUCCUCCUCCUUUACAUCCUAUUCCCAACAUACCUCAUGAAUCUGAUCUGCAUCAACACUCAGGGAAAAGUUUGUUGACGCAGCAGUCUUCAUCUUCCCAUUUAGGAGCCAUCCCAAAAUUAACAUACCCCUCUGGAGCUUCAGCCCUGCCUCCACACCACCCACAUGCUUCUACCCCACCCUCACAUGCCUUGCCCCCACAUCAUCCUCAUACUCCCACACCUCCGAGUCUUACUUCCCACCACAGGCUAACCCCUCCUCAUCAAACACCCCCACAUUUACAACAUGCCUCUACUCCCCCUUCUCAUUCUUUGCCUUCUCAUCCUCUCACCCCUCCUCAUGCUUUGGCUCCUCAUACAUCUCCUCAGGUAACAACUUCUCCACACUCCCAUAUCCCCCACCAUCAACAUGCACUGACACCCACGUCAGUUGUACCAACCCAUAUGACUCAUCAUCUCCAGCCACCUGCCCCUCACUUCACAUCUAGUCAGCAUUCACUACCACAUCAACGUACAAACAAUUUAAGUUCAGUGCCCACUUCUAAGAGCAGUAAAGAUCAUAUUGUUAGACCAUUUGAAGAUAACUUUCCACAGCAGCACUGUAGCAACAGGCGAUCACCGAUCGUGGCUUCUGCCACAGCAACGAAUGUAGUGACUUCCUCCCCUGCCAAAGGAGACCGUUUAGCUGCAGAACCACCUCAUCCAUCCGUUACUGAUGCAAAUAGCAUUCACAACAGUUCUAAAAUAAUGCAUGGACAUCAUACAUCCUCAUCUUCAGUGAACAGUGUUCCUCCUCACAACUCCCAGAACUCAGUGAAUAGUAGUAAAAACAGUGUACGGGAAGAUGCUUCAACUCAACAACGGACAUCAGUGUAUUCCACGAGUAAAGAAAGUAGCAACAUCCCGCAGACUGCAAGUGAUUGUGUGGUUCAAAAAGUGGUGUUAUCAUCCCGGGGGUCAAACGUAGGAACGCAUGACGCACACUCCAACAGUCAAGUAAACAUGUCUGCUCCUGCCUUGGACUUGCAACAUCCAAGUCAGUCGUCUCUUCAAGUUGCAUCCCAGUCAUUCCAGACUCUGAGUUCUCAGAGUCAAAUUGUAAGUCAGUCAUCGGUUUUGCAUCCCUAUCCACAGCAGCACACAGCACAGUCUACAACAGGACUGACUCAGCAAAUUGGGCCAAGUACUCAACUGUACCAUCCUCCACAUUUAAGCCAAGAUUCUUCAGUGGUGAGGCAUCAGCCUUCUCUUCCAGGGCCUCUUCCGCAGCCGCUGUCGGCACUGCCUCCUGUUGUGACACAGGCUCACCAUCCACCUGCGUUGCAGACCAUGCAGCCUACGUAUCAGCCACCUGUGACAUCGUCAUUGCCACCCUUUUCUCUGGGAAGGGACCAUCUGGCAAAUCCUAACAGUGCACUCCAAAUGCCAAGUGUACCCAGCCAUGCGGGACUGCAGCCGAGCAACCAACCCCCUGUGGUUCCAGUCAUUCCAGCAAUACCUUCGAUACCAACAGUAUCAUCUGUACCAUCAAUUCCAAAUGUUCCAUCUGUUUCAAGUGUCUCAACUGCAGCAUCCACUCCACCUGUUUCAGCUCCUCCCUCAAUUCCGACAGUUCCUGUUGUUCAAACUGUUCCUACAGUAUCUGUUCCUAGUGUCCCUGCAGUCCUACAAUCAUCUUCAGUAUCAAAUAUACCCACUAUCCCCACAAUUCCUUCUGUUCCAUCUCUUCCAGUUUCUACUGCCAGCCAACCGACACUACAUGUCCCCAUUCCUCCUUCCAUUAAUAGGGAACAACUAUCUGUUGCUCAGUCAACUCAUCAUUCUGUGCUACAAUUGGCAUCUAGCACUGGACUUCAACUGGUCACUCCUCCUGCACCCCCUCCUCCUGUGCUCAAUGUACCAGAUGCAGCUAAAGUACUGGCUGCUGUGCAAUCUAAGGAUGGUGGGAGUGCCAUGUCAGUUUGGGACUAUCAUUAUUUAAGUAAAAGUAUCACUGGUCAAAGGCAAAUAGAUUCCGAGGCUGUGUCGCCACCAGGUGUGAUAAGUAAAUUAGAUUUGGCAGAGAGGCGAAGGAGGGAGAGAAGGAAAAUGUGUAGUGUGCCUUCGUCAGCUUCUGAUUCAGAAAGUGAAGAGAAUGAUCAGUUACCACCUCUGUGGCUUACCAAAGGCCCACCUGCGGAGUUGGAUGCACCUCCCAAGAAGCUCAAAUUUUUAGCAAUUUUUGGUCUAAUCACUCUCACUAAACGAAAUGAAUUGGAGCUUAAAAAAUUGGAAAGGCGUUUGGUUACCAGUGCUACUUUAUCUCAAAUAGAUGAUACCACUUCAGCAGAUUUAAAUUCACCUCCUCCACUUAACUUACCUGUGCCCCGUGAAUCACCUGAUAGCCUCAGUCGGUUGGCUGACUACAAAAGCAAAACUCGUUUCUUGAAAACUCUUGGACUGGAUGCUCUAUCUCGCAAGGAUAGAGAAGAAAUAGAGCAUAUUUGGCAAUCAGUAAUAGCUGAAAGACUGCGUCGGAAAUGUGUGAAUAGUGUAGUGGCUUAUUGCAAUCGAUCCAUUGUGAAAGAGACACCAACAGUUUCAGCUAUCAGUUUGAAAGUGCCAGAACAUCCUUUGGAGAACAGAGUUCUAUUCAGAGAGAAUGAUCGUGUCAUAAAAAUAAUACCUGACAUUAUGAACAGGCAACGAACUUCUGGCUUAAAGAGGCCACUGAGUCCAGCGGCUGAUAAGUUUUUGGUGCUACCCAACCCUGGUCAGAAUGGCACAAGACCUGGUUUUCAUUUUGCCAGCGUGCCUUCACCAAGUGCUCUGUUGCUGCAAAAUGGGGUGAAGAGAUUAGCUACAGACCAUGAGGUUGAUAUAGAGGCUCCUGAAACACCUCCUCUAGACGAUGAAAGACCUCGAUGGCCAGGAUUGGAAGAGAUCAUGGAUGCUUACCACAGAUAUGCUCAAGAGAAACAACUUGAACGAACUGUUCUCCAAGAACAGUGUGCCUAUCAAUGCAAACUACUUGCUGAACGAAGGCGAGAAGCUGAUAUAUUGGAUCGGAGAUUAAGAGAACUUGUCGCUACCAAGAGUCUUCAAGAUUACGAACGACACCAGACACAGCAAGCUCUAGAUCAUCUGAACAAUUGUUUACGUAAACUAAGGUAGCAACCCAUGUCUUGCCUGUGGAACAAACGUGUUUUGAACUCUAUUUCAAGCACAGAUGGUUCUGUAACCACAGGUUGUGAUGCGAAACAGAGCAGUACAAGUCACAAGUAUAAGUCUUAAACGUGACAGUAGAAGUAGUAAUGGGCAUUUCAGUAAAUGACUCUUUAAGUUGCAGAUGAACUAGAUCUUGCAGAGCAGUCUCACCUUGAAUGGAAUACCACACCAGGAUAAAAUAUGAAUAUCUUAUUUAUUUUGUUGUUUUGACUUGUUACCUGAAGGUGAGCCUUGAAAUAAUUUCAUUUUUGUAAUGUUGGGUGCAAAAUAUCACAGAUAAAUGUGGAUACAAACUUUAAUAUUAAACAAAAGUUGUAGAGGCAGACUUGUUUCCCCAUUUCUGCGUAGUACUUACAUUUCUUUAAGUUGUAAUUAUUUUAAGACUCUUAAUGAACCAUAUGAAAUGCCUUAUGUGGUACACAUGCUGAGGAAGAACAUCGUGGUUUUGUGACAUGAAAGUUUCUGUUGUUUAAUUUAAGAAUUUUCAAUCAAUAAACAAUUUACAACAUGGAUCUCCAAAAGCCAGGUCAUUGUACAGUCCAUAGAUAUAAGUACAUGUAUCUAAGAGCACAUUGUUUUCCAAACAAUUUCGAAAAUUUGUUUUGAGUGUGGUCAUUUAUUGCCUGUCUAGAUAGGCUACAUCAGCAUUCACUCUGAUAGAAUCAUUCUAUUUCAAACAUGUAUAGUUGUAUUUUUAUUAUCAGGAAACUUAUUUUUCAUAUGUUAUUAGCUUAUUCUUCCCUACAAUGAAGGAAACAAUAAUUCAUGUGUUAUGUCUGUGAUUGUUAAUAUCCUUUUUGGCCAAAUUAAUGAUGCAUUUGCUUGUCAGUAUUUGUUCUUAUAAUUUUUGUUACAAAAUCAUUUUACUGUAUCAAAUAUUACCUUCAGAAUACUUUUCAAAUAUAUCUUUACAUUAUAAAUGCUGUCUCCUUCAAGGCUGUUUGUUGUGUAAGUUUUUGUUGACAGAUGUGUCUAGCAGCAUUUGUUGCUGUUUGUUUGUAAAUUGUGUCAUUUUUUAAGUACAAUAGUCAUUAAUAAUUAAGUUAAAAAGUUAGGCUUUUAUCCAUAUGUUAUAUAUUUAAAAUGGCAAAUUACAUGUUAAUAUACACAGUCUCACCCCUUGUGUACAAGUCAAAACUCCUUUUCACUAUUGAUGAUCUGUGCAAUAUAUAUUUUUAAAAUCAUAGUGGGAAUGCUGUAAGGGAGUAUGAAAGUGAAAAGGAGAUUACAUUCACCUUUUAUAUUCUUUUCAAAUGAAACACCUCCAAGCUUACCGAGGGACAAUGACUCAGUGGUGAUAUAUAAUAUUGUUUUCACCUUGAUAAGUUGACCAUUUCCUAUAACCUGUCCUGCUUUCGGAGAAAGCGUGAUGUGUGCAUUCCAUUGAUGUUUACAAGCUACUCUGAAGCAGCUUCCACAACUGCAUUUGUGUUGCUGAUGUGUUGGGAACUGCUUAGGCAUAACCAGCAAAAUAGUCCACUUCACCUAGUCUUCUUCUCUCUUGUAGUCACUGCAUACAAAAACAGUUCUUAAGCUUUUAAGUUCCAGAUAAUUGUUAAACAUCCUGUAGUGGUGUAUGUAAUCAUACAUAGUGUACUUGUAACAACUUAUGAGUAUUUUGUGGCAGGCACUUCUUUUCAAGUGUUAGCGAGUACCUGUAAUUUAUUUGAUCCUUGACAUAACGAGUACCGUUUUUUAUUAUUACUGACAAAAAUAAAUAUUAAGUUUUGGAAUGUGACUGAAAUAUUAAAGUUAUUUUAUUUUUAAUUAAUAUAUAUUAAUUGAAGAGUUUUAAAAUAGGGUCUUAUCAUAUUUUCAUCGUCAUGCUGUUCGUACGUGUUGCAGCUCAUACUCAUUGUACUAUAUUGUACAGCGGUAUUUUUAUGUUUAUUCCAUCAGUCUUAGGCGGAUAAUGACUUAUAACUUAAUGAAAGGCAAUUACUUUUCUAUGACUCAUUCACAGAAAAUGAGUACUUUUUUGCUAUUUUUAUGAAGAAGUAAUUUGAAUUAUGUAAAUAUACUACAAUUUGGAUGAGGAAAAUAUCACAUUCCGCUAGAAGUGGCAUUCCGUUAUAUGCUAUUUAUGAACAAAACAGCAUAAUGGGCUAGAAGAUAGUGGCAUAACAUACAUGUAAGGUACAUUUUUUUCUUUUAUUUCUUUUGUUUGAAUUAUGUGCCACAAGAGAACACUAAGAAAAUUUCUAAGAACAAAGAAUGACAAAAGAUUUAAUAACUUUUUUAUCAGUGCCUCCACCGAUAAAAGUUUAAAAAAAUGUUCUUUACCCUUGAGAACUUUUGGAUGUAUAUAUUUAUGGUUUUUAUUUUCUACAUUAUGAAAUGACAUUGUAGAAUGCAUAUUUUAUCUGGCUGUUGAAAUGAAUCUUUCCUGUAAUAUUACUUUAUUGGAUAUGAUUAAUAGUCUUUUCUCUGUCUCAUUGUAAAUAUUAAAGUGAUGUAUGUAUAAAUAUUUGUAACAUGAGAAUGAAAUAAUAAUUAAUUAUCUUUGUAAUAAUAUUUAUACUUUUACCUAGUGGAUAUGACCAUAAAAUGUGUUCCAUGAUGGGAGAUUCAUCCCAGAAUUGCUAAAUAAAAACAUUCUAUAGAUAUUACCAU